CCGCCGCCGCGGCUUCCGUCUCGCUCGCUCGCGCAGCGGCGGCAGCAGAGGUCGCGCACAGAUGCGGGUUAGACUGGCGGGGGGAGGAGGCGGAGGAGGGAAGGAAGCUGCAUGCAUGAGACCCACAGACUCUUGCAAGCCGGAUGCCCUCUGUGGAUGAAAGAUGUAUCAUGGAAUGAACCCGAGCAAUGGAGAUGGAUUUUUAGAGCAGCAGCAGCCUCAGUCCCCCCAGAGACUCUUGGCCGUGAUCCUGUGGUUUCAGCUGGCGCUGUGCUUCGGCCCUGCACAGCUCACGGGCGGGUUCGAUGACCUUCAGGUGUGUGCUGACCCAGGCGUCCCUGAGAAUGGCUUCAGGACGCCCAGCGGAGGGGUUUUCUUUGAAAGCUCCGUCACCCGAUUUCACUGCCAAGAUGGAUUCAAGCUGAAGGGCUCUACAAAGAGACUGUGUAUGAAACAUCUGAACGGAACCCUAGGCUGGAUCCCAAGUGAUAAACCCGUCUGUGUGCAGGAAGAUUGCCGCAUUCCACAAAUUGAAGAUGCCGAGAUUCAUAACAAGACAUACAGACAUGGAGAUAAAUUAAUCAUCACUUGUCACGAAGGAUUCAAGAUCCGGUACCCUGACCUGUACAACAUGGCUUCAUUAUGUCGUGAUGACGGAACGUGGGACCAUCUGCCCAUCUGUCAAGGCUGCCUGAGACCGCUUGCCUCUUCUAAUGGCUAUGUGAACAUCUCUGAGUUCCAGACUUCCUUCCCAGUGGGAACUGUGAUCUCCUAUCACUGCUUUCCUGGAUUCAAACUCGAGGGGUCGGAGUAUCUCGAGUGCUUACACAACCUUAUCUGGUCGUCCAGCCCACCCCGGUGCCUUGCUCUGGAAGUCUGUCCGCUACCUCCCAUGGUGAGUCACGGAGAUUUCAUCUGCCACCCGCGGCCAUGUGAGCGCUACAACCACGGAACCGUGGUGGAGUUCUACUGCGAUCCCGGCUACAGCCUCACCAGUGAUUACAAGUACAUCACCUGCCAGUACGGGGAGUGGUUUCCUUCCUAUCAAGUCUACUGCAUCAAGUCAGAGCAAACGUGGCCCAGCACCCACGAGACCCUCCUGACCACGUGGAAGAUCGUGGCGUUCACGGCGACCAGCGUGCUGCUACUGCUGUUGCUUGUCAUCCUGGCCAGGAUGUUCCAGACCAAGUUCAAGGCCCACUUUCCCCCCAGGGGGCCUCCCAGGAGUUCCAGCAGCGACCCCGACUUCGUGGUGGUAGACGGCGUGCCCGUCAUGCUCCCGUCCUAUGACGAGGCUGUGAGUGGCGGCUUGAGUGCCUUAGCCCCAGGGUACCUGUCCUCCGUGGGCCAGGGCUGCCCCUUACCCGUGGACGACCAGAGCCCCCCAGCAUACCCCGGCUCAGGGGACACGGACACGGGCCCGGGGGAGUCAGGAACCCGUGACAGCGUCUCAGGCUCUUCGGAGCUGCUCCAGAGUUUGUAUUCACCUCCCACGUGCCAAGGGGGCACCCGCCCCGCUUCCGACAACCCUGACACAGCUCCCAGCACGGCGGGGGAGGUGGCAUCCACCAGCCCAGGCAUUGACAUUGCAGAUGAGAUCCCUCUAAUGGAAGAAGAUCCAUAACUGGAAAAAGUCCCGAUGAUUCUGCUGCCCCUUUGGGGAUGGGCACCUUGUACUUUGGAGUGAGGCCUCUGGAGGACAGAGCUUGGGGGGGAUGGAGGAAGUUUUCUAAUUUAUCAACAUGGGGACAGUGACACAUCGUACAUCUCGGACUCAACAGUGGCAGUGGCAGUGCUUUUAAAUGAAACUUGAGGAUUUGCCAAGACCGGUGAGGAACAAAAAGGAUGGGGGGAGACCCUGUGUGGUCCUGGAUGAAGGUGUUAAGUGCAUCUUGUGCUGCGGAACAUGGGACAGACGGUUCCAAGCGUAUCCCACCAAAUCCCACAUCCCGCUGACUUACGAGUACUACCCGCCUCCGCUGAAAGCAUGCCACAUUAUGUAAAUCGCUUCUAAAAUCUGCUUCCAACUGUCUCUGGACGCCAAAUGAGGAUGGAUCAGCCUCUGCAGGAAGUCUGUGUUGAGCUGCUGGAAGAGUAGCAGAGCGCCCCCUGCAGGCUCCCCAAGGAAGAUUCUGGGGUGUCCUUUGGACAGUCUUCCUUGGGCUGGACAACUCUGCUCAAGGCAAGACUAAAGCGGGAUGUGGCGGUUCCACUGAGAAAGGAAAAGAAAGACUCAGACAGACUCGGCUUUCUGGAAAUUUCUUCAGAAAGUAGAGCUCCUGUCCUCCGUGCUGUCCUUUGGUGAAAUAUCAUCAGUAUUUGUAUUCAUGGUCUAGCACACGGAUCCAUGGCAUUGGCUAAAUCUUGUGACUUUACACAUGGUCAGAGUGUGUUCAAAUAGCAUCUCAUGGUGGAGAAGUAACCAAGGUAAUGUUUUGUUUCGGCGGUUUUUUUUGUUUGUUUUGUUUUGUUUUUUGCAUACGCGGGCCUCUCACUGUUGUGGCCUCUCCCGUUGCGGAGCACAGGCUCUG